CUAAAACGGGCAUAUCUGAUCAACCCAGGCACAUGACGUAAACCCCGCGGAAACACCAGAAGCAAUUGCACACACACUCUCUCUUCGAGUUCGUGUACUAAUUUUACCAUGUCGAGGGCAUGGAAGCUCAGGAAACAGUCGAGUUUCGCUCGCAGAGAGACCCGAGCUGACGUCAAAUUAGCAUGAUUGAAGAUGACCUCAGCGCGGCAAGUCCGGCGAACCGGUGACACGACCGUGUUAAGCAGAGCGAGAGUACAAUGACCCUACUAUGUUGCAUGGGAGUCACCACGGGUUGUAUUUGAAUCAAAGUCUGGGAGUUGCUGAGCAGUUGCUAACAUGGCGAGUCGAUGUUGCGUUGCCGCCCAUCCCAUCUCACGGCUACACAGGAGGACCAGAUCAUGAUAGGCCAAAUGCGAUAACCACCUUCUUGCGAGGUGCUCACAAAGGAAUCAAUUCCCAUAGAAGGAUAAUGGGCCUGAUGGCAGGCUAAAAAGUCCGGGUGGCCUCCGGGGAUUGCCCCGAACCCGCGACGGAUAGCCCGAGCUGCGAGUAUAAGUUCGCUUCUUGUGUUUGUCCUGGAUUGAUUAAACGACAUCACUUUCUUCUUGAAAAUCAGCAUGGAGUACGCCAGAGUAGGAACCUCCGGACUGUACGUCUCAAAGAUAAUCCUCGGAACCGCAGGUUAUGGUUCAUCGAAAUGGCAAGAUUGGGUUCUGGAAGAAAAAGAGGCGCUUCCUCUCCUGGAGUAUGCGUUCAACAAGGGAAUCAACACAUGGGACACUGCAGACGCAUACUCCAACGGCCGCUCGGAGGAAAUAGUCGGCAAAGCAGUAAAGAAGUACAACAUCCCUCGAGAGCAGGUCGUCAUUUUGACCAAGAUAUACUACGCGAUUGAUCCCGUCAAUCAGCCACCGAUCCGCGAAAUGAUGGACAAAAAGAAGCAACAUCUUGUCAACCGUGUUGGACUAUCGCGCAAACAUAUUCUUGACGCAGUCGCAGAAAGCGUACGCCGGCUCGGCACUUAUAUCGAUGUACUUCAAAUCCACCGACUAGAUCGAGACGUAUGCCCAGAGGAGAUUAUGCGAGCACUCAAUGACGUCGUGAACAGUGGCCAGGUUCGAUACCUGGGAGCGAGCUCCAUGGCCGCGUGGGAAUUUCAGAAGCUGCAGUACAUUGCAGAUAAACACGGAUGGCACAAGUUCAUCUCGAUGCAAAACUACUACAAUCUUCUCUAUCGAGAGGAAGAGCGAGAGAUGAAUCCGCUAUGUCGGGAUCUUGGUGUCGGUGUCCUGCCUUGGAGCCCGCUGGCUCGCGGCGUACUGGCUCACAAGUGGGAUGAUCGGACGUCAAAAAGAGAACAGACCGAUAGAUUAUUGAAGAAUCUUGUCCGUGGUCAGAAAGCGAACGCAGCUGAUGAAGAGAUUGUCGGCCGCGUCGACGAGAUUGCGACGAAGAGAGGAGUUCCUAUGGCUACAGUGGCUCUGGCUUGGAACUUGAGCAAAGGGGUAUUCCCGAUAGCAGGACUCGGAAGUCGCGAAAGAAUAGACCAGGCGGUUGAAGCUGUCAGCUUUCAGUUGACAGAGAAGGAGAUUGCAUACUUGGAAGAGCCAUAUCAGCCAAAAGAGGUUUCAUAUUGAGGAUUCCUACCGACAUCGGAGGUUGAUGCAAGCUGCGGACACCAAGGCUGUGAGAUUCUUAUCUUGCAUGCUUGAUUGUCAAAUCACUCGUGGCAGCAGAGCUUGUUCUCUGUCGCAAUCAAGCCUUCGAUGGCAUCAUUAGUUGGAGUAGAUGUGGUGCUAUCAACGCCAGGAUGGCGACAUAGAUCCUUCACAUAUAGCUACAGAAACCCCAACUAUUCGGCGAGAAGGAAAUGGUAUUUUUUGGGUCAGCCAGAAUGUCAAACCUGUAUUCGAGAUGGCGACACGAAAAUGGUACGACUGGUAUUCGCCAGAAGACACGCCUGAGGAAAGAAAGUUGAUCAGAAAACUGGACCUGCUGAUCGUUCCCUACGCCUUUACAGUAUACUGGGUCAAGUAUAUCGACCAGGGAAAUAUCAAUAAUGCCUACGUAUCAGGAAUGGCAGAUGAACUUGGCUUCCAUGGAAACGAACUGGUCCAUUUCCAGACUAUAUUCACCGUUGGCAAUGUCGUCGCUCUACUACCGUUUACGUACCUCUUUCCUCGAGUGCCGAUGCACUAUCUUGUUCCUGCCCUGGACCUUAUGUGGGGUAUCUUCACUCUGCUGCAGUACAGAGCCACAAGCUAUUCAGAAAUCAUGGCGUAUAGGUUCAUGGUUUCGAUCUUUGAGGUAUAUUACUCUUCCACCUGUCAGUCAAUGAGACUGACCUGAUAGGCAUCAUACUUUCCCGGAGUA